AUGCCUACUGUUGCUGUUGAUAAAGCUGACCUCUUUGAACUGUUGGGCAGAGAGUUCACCACCCAGGAGUUUGACGACUUGUGUUUUGAAUUUGGUAUUGAGUUGGACGAAGAUACAACCAAUGAUUGUUUGCCAGGCGAAAAACCUCAAUUGAAGAUUGAUAUUCCUGCUAACAGAUACGAUUUGUUGUGUAUUGAGGGAAUCGCUCAGUCCUUAAACGAGUUUUUACAUCAAAAGUCCACUCCAACCUACUCUUAUUUAUUGGAUAAACCUAAUUUCACUCUCACAAUUGAUGAAUCAACUCAAUCCAUUCGUCCAUAUGCUGCUGCUGCAAUUUUAAGAAACAUCAAAUUUACCCAGAAGAUUUAUGAUUCCUUCAUCACUUUACAAGACAAAUUGCACUCAAAUUUAUGUCGAAAUAGAACUUUAGUAGCAAUUGGUACUCAUGAUCUUGAUAAAUUAUUACCAAAUUUUCACUACAGAGCUUCCAAACCAAUUGAUAUCAGUUUCAUACCUUUGAACCAAUCGCAAGUUGUCAAUGGUGAAAGCUUCAUUGAAUUUUAUCAAAAGGACAAAAAUUUAGGCAAAUUCUUACACAUUAUUGAAAAUUCAGAUAAAUUUCCUCUCAUAUUGGAUUCUAGGGAUAAUAUAGCCUCAUUGCCACCAAUUAUUAAUUCGAAUCUAUCCAAAAUCACCUUAGAUACCAAAAACGUCUUUAUUGAAUUAACUGGUACCGACAAAACCAAAAUCGAAAUCGUCUUAAAUCAAUUGAUUGCAAUGUUCUCGAGAUAUUCUGAAUCUAACCCAUUUCAAGUUGAACAAAUUCAAAUAAUCUCAAACCAUAAUAACCAAUCAAGAAUCACCCCAAAUCUAUCAAUAAGAGAAAUGCCUUGUGAAAUUGACUAUGUGAAUCGUUGCCUUGGUUUGAAUUUAACAUCUGAUCAAAUUUGCCAAUUACUAAUUAAAAUGUCCUUAUCUGGGGAACAAUCUUCCUCUGACCCAAACAUUAUCAAUGUUAAAAUCCCAAUCACAAGACCUGAUAUCUUACAUCAAUGUGAUAUUAUGGAAGAUGUUGGUAUUGCUUACGGUUAUAAUAAUUUAAUCAAAAGCAGGAAAGCUGAUACAGAAUUGAAUUCAGUUGCAAUCACUGGAAGUUUGUUACCAAUAUCAAAAGUAACUGAUAUUAUUAGAAUUGCAAAUUCUCAAUCUUCAUGGUCAGAAGUUAUGCCAUUGACUUUAUGUUCUCAUGAUGAAAAUUUCAAAUUUUUAAACAGAGUCGAUAAUAACGAUUUGGCUGUCAAAUUAGCAAAUCCAAAAACAUUUGAAUAUCAAGUCGUAAGAACAUCCUUAUUGCCUGGUUUAUUGAAGACAACAAGAGAAAACCAAAAACACUCUUUGCCCAUUAAAAUUUUUGAAGUUGGGGAUAUUGUAUUAAAAAAUGAUAAGCUAGAAAGAAGAGCUUUAAAUCAAAGAAAUUGGUGUGCCAUCUAUGCUGGCAAAAACUCUGGUUUUGAAAUUAUCCAAGGUUUGUUAGAUAAAAUCAUGGAAACUAUGAGAUCUCCCUGGAUUGAAAACCCUGAUCAAGACACUACUUCCAGAGGUUACUGGAUUGAAGGCAAUGACGAUGAUAAAAACAUGAAAAAGAAAUAUACUAAAGAUUCUCUUAUUUUGUUCCAUUUUUAGUUAUUUUUUAUUCAGCAUUUAAUGUAUUUAAUGAUUUAUUAAUUUAUUAUCUUCCUUUUUUUUUUUUUUACAACCCC